AUCAGAGAAUUUUCUUCUUUUUUUUUUUCGGGGGAUUUUUUUCUCUUUCUUUUUCAGAAGAAGAAAGGAAAAAGAAAAGUAUAAAAAUCGAACUGUAUUGAUGUAAAUUUGGGGUUCUGAGUAGAUCAGCUUUUUGAGUACUGAUUCUAUUGAUGUUUUCUUUUUGAAAAAUGGUGAAGAUUUUGUGAAAAGUAAACUAUAAAGUUAGGGUUUUACUGUGGAGUUUGUUUUCUUUUAGUGGAUCUGAACAGCAAGAAGAAGAAGAAGAUUGGACAGUUUGCUGAUGAUGAAGUAGCUGGAGUGUUGGACUUUUUUGUUUUUGUUUUUGUUUUGUUUUGUAAAGAGGAGAAAUUUUGAUUCAUGAGAGUCAUGGAGAGAAGAGAGAUCAUAACAUCAGUAUUAGUAUGGUUGAUCUUAGUUUUUCAUCCAUUAUCCACGAUUCAUGCAAAUAUGGAAGGUGAUGCUUUGCAUGCGUUACGUCAAAAUUUAGAUGAUCCUAGUAAUGUCCUCCAGAGUUGGGAUCCCACCCUUGUUAAUCCUUGCACUUGGUUUCAUGUUACCUGCAAUACCGACAAUAGUGUUAUUAGAGUUGAUCUUGGAAACGCAGCACUGUCAGGAACGCUGGUAUCCCAACUCGGACAGCUUAAGAAUUUACAGUACUUGGAACUCUACAGCAAUAACAUAAGUGGGCAAAUCCCUAGUGAUCUUGGGAACCUUACAAGUUUAGUGAGCUUGGAUCUUUACUUGAAUGCUUUAAGUGGUUCCAUUCCGGACACAUUGGGAAAGCUGUCAAAGCUCCGUUUCCUUCGGCUAAACAACAACACCUUGUCGGGUAGCAUUCCUAUGUCCUUGACAAAUGUUACCACUCUCCAAGUUCUUGACUUGUCGAACAAUCAUCUAUCAGGACCUGUUCCAGACAAUGGUUCUUUCUCACUUUUCACUCCCAUCAGUUUUGCUAAUAACAUAUAUCUAUGUGGACCUGUUACUGGAAAACCUUGCCCAGGAUCUCCUCCAUUUUCGCCUCCGCCGCCGUUUAUAGCACCACCAACUCCAAGUCCUGGAAGUAGUGCCACUAGCACUGGAGCGAUUGCAGGAGGAGUGGCUGCUGGCGCUGCUUUAUUGUUCGCUGCCCCUGCCAUUGGGUUUGCAUGGUGGCGUAGGAGGAAACCACAGGAACAUUUCUUUGAUGUUCCGGCUGAAGAGGACCCCGAAGUACACCUUGGGCAGCUCAAAAGAUUUUCUUUGCGAGAGCUUCAGGUUGCUACUGAUAGCUUUAGCAAUAAAAACAUUCUGGGUAGAGGUGGGUUUGGUAAGGUUUACAAGGGACGUCUAGCGGAUGGUACACUAGUUGCUGUAAAGCGACUGAAAGAAGAGCGCACACCAGGUGGAGAACUGCAGUUUCAGACAGAGGUAGAGAUGAUUAGUAUGGCUGUUCAUCGUAACCUUCUACGUUUACGUGGUUUUUGCAUGACGCCGACCGAGCGUUUACUUGUGUAUCCAUACAUGGCCAAUGGAAGUGUUGCAUCAUGUUUAAGAGAAAGACCGCCAAAUGAUCCUCCACUUAAGUGGGCUACAAGGAAACUUAUUGCGUUGGGAUCCGCUAGAGGGCUUUCUUAUUUGCACGAUCAUUGUGACCCAAAGAUUAUCCACCGUGACGUGAAAGCUGCAAACAUUUUGUUGGACGAGGACUUUGAGGCAGUUGUUGGGGACUUUGGCCUGGCAAAACUCAUGGAUUACAAAGAUACCCAUGUGACCACCGCCGUGCGUGGAACAAUUGGGCAUAUAGCUCCCGAAUACCUUUCCACGGGGAAGUCGUCAGAAAAAACUGAUGUAUUUGGGUAUGGUAUCAUGCUUCUAGAGCUUAUCACAGGGCAGCGAGCAUUUGAUCUUGCGCGGCUUGCAAAUGAUGAUGAUGUUAUGUUGCUUGAUUGGGUUAAGGGACUUUUGAAAGAGAAGAAGUUGGAAAUGCUAGUAGAUCCUGAUCUUUCAAACAACUACAUCGAUGAGGAAGUGGAGCAAUUAAUACAGGUCGCUUUGCUCUGCACGCAAGGAUCACCAAUGGAAAGACCAAAGAUGUCAGAAGUGGUGAGAAUGCUUGAAGGUGAUGGCUUGGCAGAAAGAUGGGAAGAAUGGCAAAAGGUGGAAGUGGUCCGCCAGGAGGUCGAGCAUGCUCCCCACCGACACCAUGAAUGGGUUCCUGAUUCUAUUGACAACCUUCACGCAGUUGAAUUGUCCGGCCCUAGAUAAGUUAAAACUUGCCAUGGCCAUAGUAAAAAGAAGGAAUUGAAUCAUUCACGACCCCCUAUAUUAUUCUUUUUUUCCUUUUCAUCCCCUUUUUUGUAAGCCUGUAUCCAAAAGUGCAUUUACCCCUUUUGUGCAUAUGAUGAAUUAGUUGUGCGAAUUGAAUCAAUUUGUAACCUUCAGCAAAAGCUGUGUUUCUUGGCUGACUAGGGUUUCUUAAAUGAUCCAGUGUGCUUGCAGUUCA